UGGAUAAUGUGGAAAUGUGUAAUUUAAAGUCGCAAUGUUUUUGGGCGUUAUAUAAUAAUCUUUGAACAUUUGAUGAUGAUGAUGAUGAUGAUGAUAAUUUGUAUAUAGAUCUAGAAAAUUUAAGAUAAAUUAGUGUGCAGAUAUUAAUCAAAAUUAUUAUGUGGCUGUCUGUUGUAUUUGGAUAAGAUUGAAAACAUGGUUGCUAAGGUUACAAUCAGCUAUCAAGUCAAUCAAUGAAAAUUGAUCAUGUUUUUGACACGCACUCGGCAUAUCAUAUAUUUGCUGUGUUUGAUUAAAUGACAAUAUAUAUAAAAAUGAAUGCCAAUUGAUGGAUGGAUGAAUCAUUAACAUCAUUUUCGUUGUUUCUUUUGAAGUGAAAAUUUCAAACAUCCAACAAACAUCAUGUCAAGUUUGAAAAGAAGUAAGAGUAAAUAUCGUAAAGAUAAAGAUACUAAUUAUAUGCUUGAUCAUCUAAGUUCAUUGGAUAUUGAUGUUAAAGUACCAUAUGAACGUUUGACCGGUAUCAUCUGUACGAUUGGUCCAGCAUCGAAAAAUGUCGAUAUGUUAGCCCAAAUGAUUCGUUCUGGAAUGAAUAUUGCUCGUUUAAAUUUUUCACAUGGUACAUAUGAUUUUCAUAGUGAAUUAAUUGAAAAUGUACGUAAAGCAGUGAAAAUAGCUGCCGCUGAUUAUGAUGAACAAUUUUUACCCGUUGCUAUUGCUUUGGAUACGAAAGGACCAGAAAUUCGUACCGGUUUACUGGAAAAUGGUCCAACUGCUGAAGUGGAAUUGAUUAAAAAUCAAAUGAUUCGUAUAACGGUGGAUGAUGCUUACCGUGAACGUGGAUCAUCGAAAAUAUUGUUUGUUGAUUACAAAAAUAUGGUUAACGUUGUGGCUAUUGGUAGUAAAGUAUUCAUAGAUGAUGGACUUAUUUCAUUGAUGGUGAAAGAAAAAGGAACAGAUUAUCUCGAAUGUUUAGUAGAGAAUGGUGGUUUGGUUGGUUCGAAUAAAGGUGUUAAUUUGCCUGGAACAUCGGUAGAUUUACCAGCGUUAUCCGAAAAGGAUGAAAAAGAUCUUCUAUUUGGUAUUGAACAAAAUGUUGAUAUUGUUUUCGCUUCAUUCAUACGAAAUGCUGAUGGUGUUAAAGUUAUACGUAAUUUUCUUAAAAAACAUGGUGGUGAAACCAUAAAGAUUAUAUCGAAAAUUGAAAAUCAUGAAGGUGUUAAGAAUAUUGAUGAAAUUAUCGAUGUUAGUGAUGGAAUAAUGGUUGCACGUGGUGAUCUUGGUAUUGAAAUUGAACCGGAAAAAGUUCUUCUAGCACAUAAGAUGAUGAUUGCCAAAUGUAAUAUUGCCGGUAAAUCGGUAAUUUGUGCAACACAUAUGUUGGAAAGUAUGAUUAAAAAACCACGACCAACACGUGCUGAAGUAUCGGAUGUAGCCAACGCUGUAUUGGAUGGAUCAGAUUGUGUCAUGUUAUCUGGAGAAUCGGCUAAAGGUAAUUAUCCAGUGGAAUCUGUACAAAUGAUGCAUCGUAUUUGUUUGGAAGCUGAAGUGGCCAUACAUUCAAGAAAUCUAUUCCAUGAACUUGAUUAUAUGACACCACCACCAACAAAUGCAACUACAGCAACAGCUAUUGCAGCUGUUUGUGCAUCAUUAAAAGUUGAAGCAUCAGCCAUAAUUGUCAUUACAUCGAGCGGACAAAGUGCAUAUACAGUGGCUAAAUAUCGACCAAGAUGUCCAAUAAUUGCUAUUUCAAGAAAUCAACAAGUUACACAACAGGCUCAUCUUUUUCGUGGAUUAUUACCGAUUCAUUAUACUCAACCACGUAAAGAAGAAUGGACAAACGAUAUGGAUGCUAGGAUCGAGUUUGGCAUCAAAUAUGGACGAAAACGUGGUUUCAUUCAAGCUGGAGAUUCAGUUGUAUUGAUAACCGGUUGGCGUCAAGGUUCCGGUUAUACAAAUACAAUGCGAAUAAUUACCGAGUUGCCAUGAAAUCUCGAAUUGAAUAUAAUAAUUAUUAUUAUUGAUUCUGAUCACAUAUAAUAAUCAAUUAAUCAUGAGUUAUUAUUAAAAAG